AUAUCCUUAUACAUAUAUAUGUGUGUUUUUGGGUGGGUGUGUGGUAGUUGGUUUUAGUUUCAAGAUCAAGCCAAGAAAAACAUAACCAAUAAUGCUAAUACUACUAUUCCUCUUCCUUGUACCUCUUUUCAUCAUACUUGUUCAAAAACUAAGGAAAAAUGAAGCAUUUCAUCUUCCUCCAGGACCAAAAGGGCUUCCUAUUAUUGGAAACCUACACCAAUUUGAUCCCUCGAAACCUCAAAUCUACUUUGCUAAGCUAGCCAAUACCUACGGACCGAUCUUUACGUUGCGAUUCGGAAGUACACCAGUUGUGGUAGUUCAAUCAGCCAAGACGGCAAAAGAGGUAUUGCACACACAAGAUCUUAACUUCUGCUAUCGACCAUAUAUGUUAGCAACACAAAGACUAAGUUAUAAGGGGUUAGACCUAGCUUUUGCACAUAGUCUUGACUACUUUAGAGAAAUAAAGAAGAUAUGUGUUGUUCAUCUUCUUAGCUCUAAAAGAGUUGAAUCUUUUGCUCCGAUUCGACAUGAUGAAGUUUUGAGGAUGAUAAGCAAGAUUUCUACCUUGUCUUCUGCUUCAGAAAUCAUUAACUUGAGCGAGUUGCUAAUGAAUUUUGCAAGUUCAAACAUUUGUAGAACUGCGUUUGGAAAGAGGUGUGAUGAUGAAGGGUCAAAAAGGAGCAGAUUUCACAGCCUUCUAAAUGAUGCUCAGGCCAUGUUUACGGCAUUCUUUUUUGCUGAUUAUUUCCCUUCCAUUGGUUGGCUCGAUAAACUAACUGGACAAUACUCUAGGCUUGAGAAGACUUUUAAGGAUUUAGAUGUGUUUUAUGAAGAAAUAAUUAAUGAUCAUCUUGACCCAAAUAGACCUACAUCUCAACAAGGAGAUAUCAUCGAUGUUUUGCUCCACCUCAGAAAACAGCGCACCUUUACAUUUGAGCUCACAAUAGACCAUAUCAAAGCACUUCUUCUGAACAUUUUUGUUGCGGGAACAGAUACAAGUGCAGCCAUGGUAGUAUGGGCAAUGACAGAACUAAUAAAGAAUCCCACCGUGAUGAAGAAAGUACAAGAAGAAAUUCGGAAUUCAGCAGGAAACAAGGGUUAUGUUACAGUGGAAGAUUUGACAAAGCUCGAAUAUCUGAAAGCUGUCAUAAAAGAAACACUAAGAUUUCGCCCUGCAGCUCCAGUAUUACUAGUUCGAGAAACACUCAAAAAAUGCAGCAUAGAAGGGUAUGAUAUCCUACCAAAAACCUUAGUGUUUGUCAAUAUUUGGACUAUUGGAAGAGACCCUGAAUUUUGGAUAGACCCAGAUAUAUUUAAGCCUGAAAGAUUUUUGGGGAGUUCAAUUGAUUUUAAAGGACAAGAUUUCGAGUUUCUUCCUUUUGGAGCUGGUCGUAAAAUGUGCCCUGGAAUGCUUCUUGGUGUUGCAAACUUUGAGCUUGCACUUGCCAACUUGUUGUACUCUUUUGAAUGGGAACUACCUGCUGGUAUGAAAAUGGAAGAUAUUGACACUGAUACGUUACCAGGUGUCACUAUGCAUAAGAAAAAUCCACUUUGCCUUGUAGCAAGGAAAUAUGCAUAGUUUCAUAUAAUACUUUCUCCGUCCUAUAAUAAGUGAAACAUUUCUCUCCUUUAUGUGAGAGCUUUUUUUUAGAAAAGUGUUUCACUUAUUAUAAAACGGAGGAAGUAUAUACGUACUCAGUACUCUCUUGGUUAAUUAUCAUUUCACAAGAAGUUUGGUUUGAGAGUUGAAAUAAAUGGGGGCCUGUGCAAUGUGCUAUGUGUGUAAUUAUGUCUCUUAUUAUGUGUUUGCAGCAUCUUAUACAGUGAAAUUGUAUCCCCUAAUCUAUAGUUUAUUAUGUAUGUGUCAUGUUUUAUGUUUUUGAGUUGUUAUUUGUACUUUCUUAACCUUUCAAUAUAAGGCUAUGUUUAUUUCA